AGUUGAUAAAAGUAAUCCAGUGUUCAAAGUAGUGAUAAAGUUUUUCAACUUAAAUAAAACAAUUUAUUUUAAAUAAUAAAAUUUAUCAGUAAAAAUGAAAUUAAGCUACAAAAAAGCAUUACUUUCAAAAAAAUUAUCGCUCAACACGUUGAUAAUGUUGGGCGACAUUAAAAGUGUGCGAGUGCUUAUCAAAAAAGGUGUAGACGUAAACAAACCUGGCAAAAAAAUGUGGACGCCACUUCACGUAGCGGCGAAGCAUGGCCACUCUGAAAUCGUGAAACUUUUAAUUCAAAACGGCGCGUCAGUAAAUUCUGUGAUAACUGAAUCAAAAGGCCAAAGAUUCACUCCUCUUUAUCUCGCAGUUUUGAAAAAUCACCUCGAAUGCGCGAAGGUACUUUUAAAAAACGGCGCGAGUGUGUCUCCGACAACAGAUGGCGCCACUCACCCGAUCCAAAUCGCGGUGUUUAAAGGCCACGAGGAAAUGGCGGCUCUGCUUCUGUCUCACGGUGCUCAGGUGAAUGUUCGGUUUAGCGACAGCUUUUUUAAAGCUUUCAAAAACCAAACGUUCAGUAAUUUGUGGAUGGGUCACAAUAUCCCGUUAUUACACGGCUCAAUUCUCCAGCAAUUUGACGGGAUGACACAAUUGCUCUUGCAAUAUGGUGCAGACAUUAAUUUAACGACAUCUUUGGGCAAAACGACGUUAAUGCAAGCUGUCGAGGUUAAUAAUGACAGAUUAGUCAAGUUUUUGAUCGAAAACGGCGCCAAUGUCAACGAGCGUGAUGUUUUUGGACAACCUGUUCUGCAUUUCACGAUCAUCAAUGCCAAUAGGAGGAUUUCAAUGUACAGCAAGGAGGAAAACAGUCGCCAAAAACAAAAAAUGGAGAUUGUUAAACUCCUGAUAAAUUCCGGAGCUGAUGUAGAGGCUCGUUUUCCUGCGGAUAAAAGUCACUCCUCAGUUCUUCAUUAUAUGGUUAUGUUUGGGUUUCACUGCGGAGUCGAGUUCUUACUCAACAAAGUUGACUGUAACCCAGCGGAAAUUGAUUUGAGGACAGUUUUUUCGGGGAAAUUAAAGAGCAACAGUGUUACUUCGGAUAUUGUUGGUAAUGCGAGCUACAUCAACGAACUGGAGGACAACUUUGAGUCGAUCACCUACUCAAUUGUUCAGUGGGCCAUUACCAGGGACAUGAUCGGGCUGCCUGUGAACAAGGCGAUUAUUUUGAAGCACCCGAUCCACCGUUGGAUCUCUUUGGAGAAUUAUACGGAAGAAAUAGAAUCCUUCAGGAAGAGAAUCACGGACCAGGUGGAGUUCCUGACCCAGUUUAGAAUUGGUGAGGGAAAUGUCACUUUUUUAAAGCUCUUGACCGGCAAAGUGGAUGAACUAGUUAAACUGUUAAAUAAUAGGACAGUUAAUUACUUCGCUGCGUUAAAGGAAAACGAAUCUAGAAUUUUAAAUUAUUAUGAUUUGGUCAAGAGACGACUCUGUGUUGCGGAACGGAGGAGAAUUUUAUUGAAGAAGUCGACGGAGGUUAUGUUUCUGCUUCUUAUGACUAAACUGCCGUACGAUUGCUGUCAGAAAAUUGUUUGUUAUUUUAGUGAUAGGGAAUUAGAAGCUUUUGUUGAUUCUUGUAUAGAUAGGAAUAGAAAAAUAAGGAGAAAAAUUACUUCCAAUCACGAAGGAGAUACUGAUCGUUUGAAAAGUCUGGCAACACUGCGUGAGCGUUAA